UCUUUCCUCCGGCAGAGUUUUAGCAAUCGCGAAACCAUCUCGGUUCACGUUGGUCAGGCCGGAAUCCAGCUCGGAAAUUCGGCGUGGGAAUUGUACCUGCUGGAGCACAAGAUUGGAUUGGACGGAAAGUUGCAGGAAGUCGAACCGAACAACGAUGAUGGGACCAGUUUUUGUGGGACGUUCUUUCAGAAAACGUCCGCCGAUCGAUACGUUCAACGAGCGGUUCUGGUCGACACGGAACCGACGGUUGUGGAUCAGCAUUAACCGUUUCGGACCUUACGUCACAACUAUUCGAACAGGACACUCAGUUGAUUUCCCACAAAUUGGUAUCAAUCAGAAAUGCCCAGCCAUGAUUCCGGACGGUGAUUUGGCGUCUAUACAUCGAGGGGUUUCGAUGCUUGCUUCGAACACGGCAAUUUCGGAAGCGUGGCAAAAAUUGAACUACAAGUUCGAUUUGAUGUACCGCAAGAAAGCAUUCGUACACUGCAGUGGCGUAGCCAAGGGGGGGUUUUGGGGGUUAAAACCCCCUCCAAACCAAAAUAUUUGAAUUGAAGAAAAAAAGUUUGAU